CUCAUUUCAAGAAACAGAAGAAAACGCACCUGUAUCUGUAUAUGAUUUAGGGUUAAAACUGUUGUUUGUCUUACUUUUUAUUAUUAUGAUUAUUGGGAAAAAAAAUAUACAAGUAAUAAGUUAGUAAUCAGUAACAAUGACUUGUUUUAGAAAAUAAUCACUUUUUUAGAACUGAUCCACUCAAAUGCACGUCUUAAUGCUAUGAACUACUGCGUUGGACACUUUUUAAUGCCGCUGUAUUUUCCUGUCAUUGUGUCUUUAACUACCGAUUCCAGUACUCUAGUUGACUUUUAUUUACAUACACAGCCUCAGUAUGUUUGCAGUAGACUGACGCUAGCAUCAUCCCAUAUUGCAGGUGAGCAGGUGACAUCGCUUGGACAGGUGAGCUGGCGUUUGUGGCGCUGUUGGAUUGUAAACAUGGCUGCUGUGUUGCAUUGGCUUUUACUGUUAUGGACGCUUUGCUCAAAUAUUUGUCCCGGAGUGGAAACGGCUCCAGAACCGGGUCAGUGGACAUUCACAGUCGUCAAUACCUCAAGACCACUGAUACUGAGAAAAGCCAUGUUCAUCAACACAGAUAUCUUUCUUAAAAUUCAAUCAUUCAGCUGUCCAGAGCUAGUGACAUUGACCAUCAAGUGGUAUCUAAAAUACUACCCCUGUCAUAACGAAUUUAACAACAUUGAUGAGAUGUAUGAAAAAACAUUCUCUAGUCAGGGAGAAAGUCUUGACCCAGCCCCUUUAGGUCGAGGAGAGUACAUUGAGCACACGUAUGAAAAUAUUAUUUGCCAUAAAGACCUUCAUACCUUUCCAACAUUAAACAUGAGUAAUUCCUUGCCUCGUUCAGUAUUGCCUUCUUCAGCAAGCAUGGAAGAGAAUACAAAUUCAUUGGGGAAGAGAGGAGAUGACAAGGAAACUCAAACUUUUAUUCCGCAGGAUGUUAUAGCUAAGACUUGGAGAGAUGGGCCAUAUCUAUUAGUCGUUUCUGUUAAAACACAUAAUGAGAAAGCUUAUUGGAAUUUGACAGCGCGUGUUGUUAUGAAAGACUCUCAUGGCUAUAUCUCUGUGACCGAAUGGCCUCUCAUGAUUUUUUAUAUGGUUAUGUGCAUUGUGUACAUCCUCUAUGGAAUGCUUUGGUUUCUGUGGUCAGCAUGCUACUGGAAAGACCUGCUGAGAAUCCAGUUCUGGAUCGCUGGUGUCAUAUUCCUGGGAAUGUUGGAGAAAGCAGUGUUCUGUGCAGAAUACCAGAAUACCAACAUCAUAGGAUCAGCCUCUGAAGGAUUGUUGAUCUUCGGCGAACUUAUUUCCGCACUGAAAAGGACGUUAGCACGACUGCUAGUGAUCAUUGUCAGUUUGGGAUAUGGAAUAGUCAAGCCUCGUUUGGGUACAGUCAUGCACAGAGUUGUUGGAUUGGGAGUCCUCUAUUUUCUGUUUGCAGCUAUAGAAGGCAUUUUGAGAAUAACUGGGGGUUAUAUAAAUGUUGCUACUCUAAUAUCAGAGAUGCUGUUAGCAGUACUUGAUUCUUCCUUUUUGUGGUUCAUUUUUGUCAGUCUGGCACAAACAAUUAAGACACUAAAAUUAAGGAGAAACCCAGUGAAGUUAUCACUUUACAGGCACUUUACAAAUACUUUAAUAUUUGCAAUAAUCGCUUCCAUAAUAUUUAUGAUAUGGACAACAAAGAAGUUCCGAUUAGCAGAGUGCCAGUCAGACUGGAUGGAGCUGUGGGUUGAGGAUGCUUUCUGGAGAUUUCUAUUCUCUGUUAUUCUGCUGGUCAUUAUGUUUCUGUGGAGGCCGUCUGCAAAUAAUCAGAGGUAUGCUUUCACACCUCUAAUAGAUGACUCGGACGAUGAAGAUGUUGAAGAAUUUUUGGUAUCAGAAAAUUUGGCUGAUGGCAUAAAGUUAAGAUCAUCUAAGACAGAAUCCAAUGGGACCUCGAAACCUACUACUGGCAAUCUAGAUGAGGAUUUGAAAUGGGUUGAAGAAAACAUUCCUUCGUCUCUCUCAGACAUAGCGCUUCCAGUACUUUUGGAUUCUGAUGAGGAAAUAAUGACAACCAAAUAUGAGAUGUCGAAAAUGGAGUGACUGACUUAAUUUGCUGCCGUGAACAUAUGUGUGUACUUGGUUUCCUGCUCAUCUGAGCCUAAAACCAGCAUCCAGAGGAGCUCUUCAGGGAUGGUACAACAACUGCUUGUUCAUUUUGCAGACCUUUUUGUGUGCAUAAACCAGAUACAGUCAGUUUCCAUUAUCUUAGCACAGUGGGAAUUCCACAUUUGUCGAAGUAAAACUGUGAGUGAACAGUAAGUCAUACAAAUAUGUUGGACACUUGAAAACUAAAGUAGGAACUUUUUUUACCCUCAGUAUUAUGCAUACAAAAUAAUAAAGGAAACAUUAAUUUGCCAUUUGCUGUAUAUGGGUAAUUGUUUGAUUGCAUUUUUAAUUUCCAUUGUAAAUUAAAUACAGUAUGUAUCUUUAUGCAGAAUUAAGGUCCAUUGCCUCCUACCCACAUAUUUGUUGCAAAUAUAAGAAAGAUUUAUUGAAAGUCCUUAGACAAGGAGAAGGAAAUAUACCUUUUAUUAGACCAACUAAACAAUAAUUAAUCACAAGUUUCAAGACCUCAAAGAUCUCUUCUUCAGGUGAAAGUAGAAAAGAGAGAUACCUACGUGACUGUACAUGAGGUAAACCCAGCUAGAGCCUUAAACUAUUUUUCUUGUUGUUGUUAUUUAACUUGUAUGUAGUUAUAAUCUCUUUUGGAGAAGUUUUUGUCAUACAUGACUUGUGUUUUUUUGUUUGUUGUUUUAUGAUUUAGCAACUUUAGCUGGCUUUGUACAAUCACGUGCAAGUUAAUGAAUAUGUGUACACUAAGCUUUGCUUAGAUCAUUUGUGACGGGACCUUUAUAUUAUAGCAAUAUACCGUCAGUAAUGUGCUGUGAGCAUUGCUUCAAAUUACUUUUUGAAAUUUAUAUUUUUCACUUUAUUCCUUUACAUUUUUUAUGUAAUGUGAAGUGUACUUCUGACAUCUAAAGCCUUUGUCUAUUUAUUUAACACACUUCCAUAAAAGAGCACUGCUGCAUUUUCAGGACCUAAUGAGAACUUUGUUUACAUUGGAAUAUACAAUUUAGACCAUAUAUGCUGAGCUAUUUAGUAGAGAAACUGAUAAGCAUUUCUGAUAGGUAGGACCAAGGCUGAGUGCAAGGUUUCAUAUUCCAAUGGAACGUCCGUGACUCAGCAUUGUUGUUUUUUCAAUUAUUUCCAUUAAUAAUCGUCCAUAUUAUCUUCAAUCUUUAAUGAUCAAUCGAUGGACUAAUUAAGCACCUUCACUCUGUCAUUUUAAACCUGAAAGAAAAGAAAACAGCUUUUUGCUUUUUCUUUGUCAAGAACUUCAUCCUUUCACAACGUGUUAAAAAAGAGUGCUUUAAAAUUUGCAUGGCAGUAUUGUGGAAUACUGAUACUGUAAUGUAAUGUGUGGUUUGGAGUGGCCAUACAUUAAUGCUGUAGCACUGUAAUAUUAUUUCUAAUUUGUGAGACAUUUUUAUGUGUUUUUAGUGUGAAAUGUUUAAUACUGAAAAAAAGGGCUGGCCUGAUGCCUGACUGGAAGUUAAAACCAUUACCUAACAAAAUUAACAUCUAAGACAUUCACACAUGUUUAAGACAUUAACAUAAUUUGUAUUAAUCCUUUAUUUUUGAAGAAAAGUCCUCUUAGAACACUAAAGUAUUAUUUAAAUAUAUACUUGUAUUGAAAAUGUUAGCAUAUUUUUAGUGAUUUCUAACACGGAUCUGUAACAUCCCAGUGAUAAGUGGUCUUCCUCUUCCAUAUACAUGUUUCUUGUUAAAAAAAAGACAAUAUAGCUGUUAAAACAUAACAAAAAUGAAGUAUUUUUUUUAAAGAAAAGAACUGUGAAAAUAUUAUUUAUGAAGAUGUUAAUUAUUAGACGUUUUGGUUCAUGGAAGUGUUUUACAAUAUGGAUUAAAAAAUAAAGCUGCUUAUUUUAAUU